CGGGGAGGUAAUUUGCGGAGGGCGGUGCAGUGGCCUCUCCAAUGCCCGCGUCCCACGGUCUAACGGCACCGCUCCCGGGGUGCGCGGCCCGCGACUCAGGCUGCCUCUCCCAACCUGACAAGUGUGCGUCCUUCCCACAAAAUGCCACCAGUUCCCUAAGUCACGCUGGGCCCCGGGGAGCUGAUUUGAAAUCGGUGUUCAGAAGACCGAGCCCGGCUGGACGCAGCCGGCCUCCGGCUGAGAGCGGAGGGGAAGCGUUCCUUACUCUCCGAGGAUCCCGCGGGCUCGUGGCGUGUGGGACGCUUUUCAUCGCUUUCAGUUCCCGUUUCCUUCGCCCCGACUACCUACUUGGUCGCAGCCAAAGCCCGGAGCGUGGGAUCCGGGCCCGGAGGAACGGGACGGCGAACGCGAGCGGCGCCGCGGCCAGGAGCCCGCCGCACCGGGCAUGCUCAGUGGCGCGGCCGGCUGGGUGGCCCGCGAGCUGCACCCGGAUCUGCUCCGCGGCGGCGACGUGAGCGCGCAGGGGGGCGGCGGCCUCGCCUCGUCUCUCUCUCUGCGCCUGGGUCGGGUGGGUGACGCCGAGAGCCAGAGAGAUGUCGGAUUUCGACAGUAACCCGUUUGCCGACCCGGAUCUCAACAAUCCCUUCAAGGAUCCAUCAGUUACACAAGUGACAAGAAAUGUUCCACCAGGACUUGACGAGUAUAAUCCAUUCUCGGAUUCUAGAACACCUCCACCAGGCAGUGUGAAGAUGCCUAAUGUACCCAAUACACAACCAGCAAUAAUGAAACCAACAGAGGAACAUCCAGCUUAUACACAGAUUGCAAAGGAACAUGCAUUGGCCCAAGCUGAACUUCUUAAGCGCCAGGAAGAACUAGAAAGAAAAGCCGCAGAAUUAGAUCGUCGGGAACGAGAAAUGCAAAACCUCAGUCAACAUGGUAGAAAAAAUAAUUGGCCACCUCUUCCUAGCAAUUUUCCUGUCGGACCUUGUUUCUAUCAGGAUUUUUCUGUAGACAUUCCUGUAGAAUUCCAAAAGACAGUAAAGCUUAUGUACUACUUGUGGAUGUUCCAUGCAGUAACACUGUUUCUAAAUAUCUUCGGAUGCUUGGCUUGGUUUUGUGUUGAUUCUGCAAGAGCGGUUGAUUUUGGAUUGAGUAUCCUGUGGUUCUUGCUUUUUACUCCGUGUUCAUUUGUCUGUUGGUACAGACCACUUUAUGGAGCUUUCAGGAGUGACAGUUCAUUUAGAUUCUUUGUAUUCUUCUUCGUCUAUAUUUGUCAGUUUGCUGUACAUGUACUCCAAGCUGCAGGAUUUCAUAACUGGGGCAAUUGUGGUUGGAUUUCAUCCCUUACUGGUCUCAACCAAAAUAUUCCUGUUGGAAUCAUGAUGAUAAUCAUAGCAGCACUUUUCACAGCAUCAGCAGUCAUUUCACUAGUUAUGUUCAAAAAAGUACAUGGACUGUAUCGCACAACAGGUGCUAGCUUUGAGAAGGCCCAACAAGAGUUUGCAACAGGUGUGAUGUCCAACAAAACUGUCCAGACCGCAGCUGCAAAUGCAGCUUCAACUGCAGCAUCUAGUGCAGCUCAGAAUGCUUUCAAGGGUAACCAGAUUUAAGAAUCUUCAAACAAUACACUGUUACCUUUUGACUGUACCUUUUUCUCCAGUUACUGUAUUCUACAAAUAUUUUUAUGUUCAAAACACACAGUACAGGCAGCAUGGAUAUUUCCUGUUCACUUGUGCAUGGGCUAAAACCAGGAAAACUUCCUUGUCUUAUUACUUUACCUAAUAGUUUCUUAAUAUUUCAGUGCCCCUUGCAGAAAAAAUAUUACAUGCUAAAUAAAUAUUCUCCAUAUUUUUUGGGGGAUGACAUUCAGUGAAUUAUUUCAGUGGUGACCCACUGAAAAUUAAUAAUGGUACUUAUGAUUAAAAAUGCAUUUAAUACUAACUGCAGUAGUUCUUUCAAGAAUCUUUAGAGAUAAGGAUUGCACAUUGGAAAAGUAAACCAUGUUUCAUUCCUUUUUCCCUAUUUAUAUUGAAAGAAAUAGGCCAGCAGAGACUUAGGGAUUUUAAAUUGGCUUGCUUUUUAGCUGUUUCAGUCACCAGUGAAGAGCCUAUGUGCAUUUUGUAGUAGAUAAUGUAAAAUUUGUCAUCUUUUUCUUUUCUUUUUUUUAGAAUAGCUGAUAUUUUGAUAACAAUCUCUAAUUUGCAUGGGCACCACAUUUCUUAUAUUAAAAGAAUUAGUGUUUUGGCUUCUGUACUGCUUAUGGUUGUAGGAUUCAGGGGUUAAUGGAAUCACAGAAAUGAUAUUCUACAAGAAUUUCUUUUAAAUAAAAAGUUUGGGGGUGCAAUAUAAGAAGUUUAUAUAAUAUGCAGUACAUUAUCCAAAAGAGAAGGUAGUUAAUGCAGUAGAAAGUAGUGGUAAUAAUUCCUUUUUAAAAAAAAUUUCGGUAGUCAUAUAGUAACAUUUUGCUAUAUGAAAACUUUGGUAUAUUCUGUGGUUACAACUAAGAUUGUGUCUGGCAGCUCUUUUUUGGGGAUGUGUGUGUGUGAUUUUUAACAGAGGUAUUAAAGGCUAGCCUAACUGUUGUCUAAAAAGAAUGUACAGUAUUUAAGGGAUUUUCCUUUUAGCUUUUCAUCUCCAGUGGCAUUAAACAUAAAAAGACCCUGGCAUUUUUUCAUAUACUUGAAUCCCUAAAUGCACCUGUCUUUCACUUUUUGAGACAGACUGAAUAUAUCUAAAAUUUCCAGCAAUAAAAAAAGAAGCAUUUAACUUGCACCAAGCAAGAAAAUAUAAAUACAGUUAACUGCAUUAAGAUAAUCACAUUAAAAUUGUUACUAUGCAGCACAGAACUUCAUUCUUAUAGUAUUCUUGGGUUCAAACUUUGAAUCAAUUUUACCACUGAUUAAAUGACUCAAAGACAUCUGUAAGUCAUGCUACUGUGUUUUGAAAGUCUUUAACUAAUUUAAGAUUGCAGAAUGAUAGAUAGUGAUUAUUCAAUUAGAUUUUAAGUAAGGAUUGUGAUAUUAGAGGCUGGAAAUCCUUAUUUUUAAAAAAAUCAGAUAGGCAUAAAUAGUUAAAUCACUUUCAUUCUCCCCAAACCUGUAGUUACAGAAAAAGUUUCAUGCUAGAGGUGGGAUGCCAAGUUUUCACUAUCCAUGAAGCAGCGCUGCGUGUCACUAGGUAACACAGAUCCAUCCAGAUGGUGUUUACAUUUGAUUUAUUUGGGAUCUUAUUGACAUCAGGUAUACUUGGAAGACAUUUCUUUUAUUCUUCAGCAUAUGAAUUUAAAGCUGUUUUUUGUAAAUAUCUCUAAUCAGCGAUAAUUUCUACCUACAUUCUCAACCAACUUAGCCAGUUUGUUUUUCAGAGCCUGUAGUCUUAUUGGAAAUCUAUUUUAUCAGUGUGCUUUAUUGAGUGUAGAUUUUGCAUACAUUCAAAACAUUAACCACAAAAUACAGGAAGUGCACCUAUAUUCACCAUUAAGUUAUAUCCCAAGUCCAUUUUUUUCUAUACACUACAAACAAAAGAUAUAUUAGAGACUUUUGAAAAAUGCUGAAAUACUUUGCUUCAGAAUUGGAAUGUUUAUAUUAUGUAGAAAUCCUCAAAGGUAGUAUUAUUAAAUAGCAAAGAAUAAUUAGAACCCACAUACCUUUUUUUUGUGUGGAUGGGGAAAAUGUUUUAAAAUCCAGUUAUUUAAUACAAGUUUGAGAGAGAAAAUUGUUUUUUAAAAAUACAUGUGCAUUGAAAUGAUGGCAAUGCUGACAGUAUGAUCAAGUAUGAAAGGAGCUUUAAAUUCGUUUAUUUACUUUUCUCUCAGUAAAUUGUUAAAUUUUCACUCAGCAAAAGAUUGGCAUUUGUUAGUGUUUUAUAUUUAGUACUAAAAUCACAGUCAUGAAAUCAUAGUCAUAAAAUGGUCUUCACAUAGUAGUCAUCUGUGUCAUUUUUCAGUUUGUAAUAUUAAAUUAUGGCUAUUUUAUUUCAAACUAAAGUUUGAACACUGGAAAGUCAUUACUCAGUGAUUUGUAAUUUGGGACUUGGAUUAUUUAUCUAGAGAUGUUUGUAUAUUUUGUCAGUAACUAAUAUUGCGCUGCCAUCAUGGUGACUGUCAUGGUUCUACAGAAAUGCCCUCCAUGUGUCCCUCUAAUGUUGCAUGUUUCAGUGGGUUGGAAGUUUUGUAUAUUUAUUGUAUUAACACAGAGUGUCAUAAAAUAAAAUGCUGUUUAUUGGA